CAAUUUGCGACGCGAAGAGUGACCUCCCCUGUCCAAAACGCUUUUGGCUACUGCGCAUGCGUUCGUUCUUAGUUAAUUGGCCGGCGAAAAAGGAAAGAUAGUCAAAACAAGUCACCAUGACUAAAAUCAACAUUGGAAUCAAUGGGUUUGGGCGUAUUGGUCGUCUGACAGCCAGAGCUGCGCUUGAGAAAGGGGAGGUGAAUGUUGUGUCCAUCAAUGACCCUUUCAUUUCCCUGGAUUACAUGGUGUACAUGUUUAGAUACGACACCACCCACGGCAGAUUUAAGGGCACCGUCGAGACCAAGGAUGGCAAACUUAUCAUUAAUGGACAGUCCAUCACUGUUCACAUGGAGAAGGACCCCACUGCUAUCCCCUGGGGAGCCGAUGGAGCUGAAUACGUUGUGGAAUCCACAGGUGUCUUCACCACCAUCGAUAAAUGCGAAGCCCACUUGAAGGGUGGAGCCAAGAAGGUGAUCAUCUCCGCCCCCUCAGCCGAUGCCCCCAUGUUUGUGGUGGGAGUCAAUGAGGGAAAGUACAAAAAGACAGACAAUGUUGUCAGCAAUGCCUCUUGCACCACCAACUGCCUGGCGCCGCUAGCCAAGGUGAUCAACGACAAGUUUGGCAUAGUUGAGGGCCUGAUGACCACAGUGCAUGCCUACACGGCCACUCAGAAGGUGGUAGACGGGCCCAGCAUGAAGGACUGGCGCGGGGGCCGUACAGCUGCUCAGAACAUCAUCCCUUCCUCUACGGGGGCUGCCAAGGCUGUUGGGAAAGUCAUUCCAGAACUCAAUGGCAAGCUGACAGGCAUGGCUUUCCGUGUCCCAGUACAGGAUGUGUCUGUUGUGGAUCUCACCGUUCGACUGGAGAAGGGGGCGACCUAUGAUGAGAUCAAGAGUGCAGUCAAGGCAGCCGCCGAGGGUCCCAUGAAGGGAAUCUUGGCAUACACAGAGGAGGAUGUCGUAUCCUCAGACUUCAUUGGCGACUCCAACAGCAGCAUCUUCGACGCAAACGCCGGCAUUGCCCUUAACAGCAACUUUGUGAAACUUGUGUCCUGGUAUGACAAUGAGUACGGAUACAGCAACCGAGUUGUAGAUCUGAUCAAGCAUAUGGCGAAAGUCGACCAUGCCUGAACUGAACAGAAGGUGGACCAGUCCAAGCUGUAGAAUGAUUCCAGUACAGCUACAGUCGCUUUUUCAUCAGAGAUUUUGUGUUUUUUGCUUUGAAGUUUAGAAUAAUGUGUUUUACUUAAUUCACAUUAUAUUGAACAAACAUUCUAAUAUGUAUCCUUCUAAAAGUAUUUGUUUUGAUAAUAAUAAUAAAUUAUAAACUAUCACAGCUAGGUUAAUUUAAACUAUAAAACUGGUUUGCUGUUUGCAUUUUUCACCUAAUGGACAAGCCCUCGGUUUUGACUUUAGUAAGUGCAUCCCCAUUGUAUAUGCAUUUUAAUAAUGUUGUUUUUGUUAAGUCUUUAUGAAGUGCUAUUUUCCCCCAAGAUGAGAUUCAAGAUAAUACUGCUAGAAAAGAUCUUUACUUUGGCAGUGUCAAGUCCAUCAAAUUUUACAACAACAGUUUUGACUGAGUGUGGGAAUGAUAGUGUAUUUUAACCAUGUUUUAUAUACAUGUAUAUUUAUGUGCAGGUCUUAAUUGACCCUCCCAAGCCAGGUUAUAGUGCUAAAUCCCAGAUGGUGAGUUCAUUUCCAGUGAGCAGGGUUUGAAAACCUUUGCUUGCUGACUUGUACUUUACUGUCGGGAACUGUUUUAAAAUGUUUUGUAUGAGUGUGUUUAUGACUGUCACUUACGAAUUAAUCCUGCUAAAAGAUUUUAAACAUCUUUUAUGUAACAUUAAAUUGUUCAAGUUAAAAAAAAUAUUAAGGAAUUGUAAAUGCAUUGUUCAUAAUAAGAGCUUUGUUGACAUGUUGAUAUUUAUAUUUUAUAUAAAUUGUAUAUGAACAUUUAUUGGUGCCAUUUUUAAAUGCCCUUUGUUCAAUGGGCAAGUCACACAUGUUAUUGUUUACCCUUUCAAAGUUGAGGAUUUAUCAUAAAAACUUGUUAAUGCUGUAUGACUGCUGUUAUGAUUGUUAAUGCUGUAUGACUGCUGUUACGCUUGUUGUUUAGUUUGAUGAAAUUGAAAUCACUUUCAAAGGUGAUCUUCUAGAUGCAUUUGUGAAGGAAAUAAAGAUAAGGCAAACCUU